AUGGAGGUGGUGGAGGUUGAGACUUCAGUGGUGGUUCCCGCGGAGCCAACUAAGCGCGGCCGCCUCUUUCUGUCCAACAUCGAUCUCACACUGGUUGCCUACCAUGAAUCUGUGGCAUUUUUCCUGCCAAAACCAGUGCCGGAUCCAUUCCCUGAAGUAGAGAAGACCUUGAAAACAGCACUGACCCGGCUGUUGGUUCACUAUGACUUCAUGGCUGGUAGGCUUGCGCCGACCCCGGCUGGUGUGCUCGAGAUAGACUGCAAUGAUGCUGGAGUGGUAGUUGCAACUGCAACAGCUUCAUGCUCACUUGAAUGGCUUGGUGAGCUCAUGAUGCCCAAGCCAGAGUACAAGGAGUUGGUCAAGCACUUGGUUGGGCACUUAAACAAGAAAAAUAUGGAAGACAAGCCCCUGUUGUUGCUCCAACUAACUAGGUUUCAAUGUGGAGGCCAUGCAUUGGCUUGUCUUUGCAACCACUGCACCCUGGAUGGCAUCGGGAUCCGCACCUUUUGCGCCAACUUGGCAGCAUGUACACUUGGCAAAGAUCUAUUGGUGCCGCCUAAUCCGGACCGCACAAUCUUCAAGGCAAGGGUCCCACCUAAGAUAUCCUACCCUCACCAUGAGUACUCAAAACUGAGCCCCCAAGAACUCUCCCCCUUCUCCAUCCCUGGAGAAUGCCAUGCAGACUUGUUCAUGCAUGAUGGUGCCAUACUGACUCCUUCUAGUGUCUUCAUCCCGCAAUCUAAGAUCGACGCCAUGAAAUCACAGGUCCUUGCAGCCGGGAAGCUCAAGAAGGUCACUGACUUUCAUGUUGUGGCUGCAAAAGUAUGGAAGGAGAGGAGUCUGGCCAUUGGAAUGCCUGAUGAUUGCACAUCAACUAUGCUGUUUCCGGUCGACGUCCGGCGGCAUAUGUCGCCAAAGCUCGGGCCUGGAUUCGCCGGGAAUGCGUUGGUGCCGGGGUUUGCAUGUGCAACUGUGCUUGAGUUGAAGAGCCAAGGGCUGUCAUUCUGUGUGGAGAAGGUGCAAGAAGGGCUGGAGAGACUGGAUGAGGAGUAUAUAAGGUCAGGGAUAGACUGGCUGGAGGUGAACCGGGGCGCGCCGCGCGUCGUUGACAGCUUCUCUGUGGUGGCAUGGACUAAGAUAGGAUUUGGGGAGGAAGAUUUCUGGUGGGGAAAGGCUGAAUGCUUGGUUCCUGUUGAGCUGAAGCCAGGGCUGGUCAUGCUGCUGCCUGGUGAUGAGGGCAGUUUGGGAAUUAAUGUUUGCCUAGCAUUGCCUAAUGAACAAAUGAAGGCAUUCUGCCAACUGAUGGUGUUGGAGUAG